AACCCCAAAUAGCCCCCCAUUUGGUUUAUUUUAAUGGUGCGAAAGAGUUGUUUAAUAAUAAUGGAGGGUUUUGUUGUAAGAGAUUAAAACUCGUUACUUUCCCAACAAGCAAUCAAAGGUAAUAAUCGAUUUCAAUCAUUUUGGGACGAUUUAAUGCAACAUUGGAUUUUUGGGGUUAAUAAUUUAUAAGAUGGAUCACCAUGCAAGCGAAUUUUCGACUCAAAACGAAUUGGAUUCAUCGAAUUUGAGUCAAAACUACCAAAAUAGAACCUCGUUUUUAAUCGAGGACAUUUUAUACAGACAGAAAUCGGACGAAUCCGGCUCCGAUAAGAUAUACACUUCAAAAUCCGACGACGUUUAUCACCACCCAAUUACAAGGGAGGAAAAGCGAUUAACCUCCGAAAAAUCAUCUUCCGGAAAUUAUGGUUAUUUCCAACCGGGGUCAAUGAUACAAAACGGAUUAAGUUGUAGUAUGCAAGGGAUCCAAAGCGGUGAAAACCAAUAUAUUCAAGUAAUGGGCGCUUUAGGAGCUUACCUUCAAACGCCUUACAAAAAUUCAAUGACAGAUCCUUAUUUUCUAACACAAGGAAUUCCUUUUCACCACGCAUUAUUCGGUUCUUCAUCAGCUGAAAUUUCCUUAAACGCUUUAAAACAUUGUAGAAGAAGAAAAGCUAGGACGGUUUUUAGUGACCCUCAAUUAACAGGUUUAGAAAAACGAUUCGCAGCUCAAAGAUAUUUAUCGACGCCGGAAAGGGUGGAAUUGGCGGGAGCUUUAAGUUUAAGUGAGACGCAGGUGAAAACUUGGUUUCAAAAUCGACGGAUGAAACAUAAGAAGCAAAUGAGGAAGAUUCAGGAGGAUAAAUCGAGCUCGAAUUCAACGAAAAACGAACAAAAUCAUGAAACUCCCGUGGACUUUUCGAGCAGACCCAAUGAGACUCAAAAGUCGACAUCGACCCAAUACGGACGACAAACGACAUCGAGCAUAAAUUCGCAUGAUUCCGAUCUAAGCGAGUGCGAGAGUGACAUCGAUAUCGUGGGCGAUGCAAAAGCAGCUCCGUAUUCGUUCAAGGGGGCAUAAAAAAGCUUUUUCUCAACCCCAACUUCCCUAUUUAUUUUUUAACUUACUUAUUAUGCCAAAGAGGUUCUUUGCUUUAAGAGAACCAAAAUGGAAAAAGAAACUAAUGGAAUCAAAUUGAGUUUCCAGAUUUUUUUUCUUAUUUAACAUUUUUUUUUUUGUGUAAAUAGUUAUGUAGGUUUUAGAGCUUUUUUGGUUCAUUAGCAAGUUUUAACUAGUCUUGUUUAAUGUGAUUGUUUAAGUAUUGGGGUAGAUAGAUAGUGAAAAUAAAUAAUAAUAAUAAUUAAA